CAGGUCCUGACACCCUCAAAUACGUCACAGAAGCUGGACCAAUCCGCGCCUGCUAUUGCAAACUGUCAUGCGAGCCGCAAAGAUAUUCGUGUAUUUUUUGCUUACUUGUUGAUGCUGCUAGUGAAAAGAAAUUUUCCGUGCCGUGCGCAAGCCGUGCGUACCAAGUGCGUACCAUUGGAGACUGGAGAUAUUACCAGGAUAUUACGGCCAAGGGGCCAUAAACCAAUAUAUUAAUUUGAAUUGAGAAGACAGCAAGAGACAGCCGGUAACAAAGUAAAAGGCCGCAGCUGACGGCCGGACAUCAGGCGCCCAUCGUACAACUGCCUCCCGUCGCCGCCCACAGCCGCCCACAGCCGCCAUGGCCAGCCAGCAGUACUGCCUGAGAUGGAACGACUUCCAGACCAACAUGGUGUCCUCCUUCAAACACCUGCGCACAGAGAAAAACUUUCUGGACGUGACGAUCGCCUGCGAGGGUCAGACGUGCAAAGCGCACAAAAUGGUCCUCUCCGCCUGCUCGCCCUUCUUCAAGAACCUGCUCGAGGAGAACCCGUCCAAGCACCCGAUCAUCAUUCUGAAGGACGUGCCGUUCGGCCACCUGCAGGCCAUCCUCGAGUUCAUGUACGCCGGCGAGGUGAACGUCGGCCAGGACCAGCUGCCCGCCCUCCUCAGCACCGCCGACAAACUCAAGGUCAAGGGGCUCAUCGAUGUCAACAAAAAGUGAGCGGGGCCCGGGCGGCGGGCCGCCGUGGGCGGUCGAGGACUGCGGGGUGUGCGCCCGACGACCGGGGCGGGGGCGGGGGCGGGGGCGGGGCCGCCCGGCAGAGCGGACACACGCUGCUGGGGUGGCCGCCGGCCGGGUACUGGCGGCGCUGUUACAUGCUGCACCACGGCGGUACCUACCCUCUGUUGUGAGUGCUGGAUACCCGCGGAGAGAACUGUUGGCGGGAGUCGGAGGGCCGACAGCAGCAGUCGGAGGGCCGAGCUCAGUACAGCAGUGGUCGGAGGGCUGGCAGCAGUGAUCAGAAUAGCAGCGUUCAGACAUCCCCCUAUCGCUGAGGGCCGCCCGACGGCCGCCUGUUUCGGCGCGGGCCCUGCUGGAAUGGACAGCUUAUUGGACCCCAGUGCAAGCUGUGCUCAUUUAUCCCAUCAUCCGGCACAUAGUGCCCCAUUUCGUCUGGCGUCAAGCAUUAUAUCACUCACGGAAAUGUCAACCAAGCAAACUGCGUGCUCACUGCUCAUAAUGUAUGCCACAUUUUGAUUAUCCUGCAUGAAUUUCACGCGUCUAUCAGUCGAGGGACGCCUCCAUUGGCCAUUGAUGUUCUUGUUUGGUGUGUGUGUUUGAGUUCCCAGUUUCCCAUGCUCACUAGAUGCGCGGUGCAGUCUGCGUACUAUAGCCAACGGUCGGUGGCCGGGCGAGUCUAAGUGCCGCCACAGUGAUACGAUGUUACGCGGCGUACCGCUCUGUGGUCGUAUGAAACUCUCAGGACACCACGAGUCCUCAAUACAUGCUUUGUUACCACA